GCUCGUUUACUUUCCUCACCGUUUCAGGUUCUUCCUACUCGCAAGAUUUCAAACUUUCGUCUGCGAUCUCCUCCUCUCCUCGAUCUGCAUUUCGAGAUCUGACUGAUCUCGUUCUUCGGCGUUUCUCAUCUUCUUCGAAGAAAUGGGGCUCCAAUUCUCGAGGCUCUUCAGUCGCCUUUUUGCGAAGAAGGAAAUGAGGAUCCUUAUGGUUGGUCUUGAUGCCGCUGGUAAAACUACCAUCCUCUAUAAGCUCAAGCUUGGAGAGAUCGUCACCACCAUUCCUACCAUUGGUUUUAAUGUGGAGACAGUGGAGUACAAAAACAUCAGCUUCACUGUUUGGGAUGUGGGGGGCCAGGACAAGAUCAGACCAUUAUGGAGGCACUACUUCCAAAAUACACAGGGUCUUAUAUUCGUUAUUGACAGCAAUGAUAGAGACCGUGUAGUUGAGGCAAGGGAUGAGCUUCACCGGAUGCUAAAUGAGGAUGAACUGCGAGAUGCUGUCUUGCUCGUGUUUGCCAACAAACAAGAUCUUCCCAAUGCAAUGAAUGCUGCUGAAAUUACUGAUAAGCUUGGUCUGCAUUCCCUGCGUCAGCGAACCUGGUACAUUCAAAGCACUUGUGCUACAUCUGGUGAGGGAUUGUAUGAAGGACUGGAUUGGCUCUCCAGCAACAUUGCCAGCAAGGUUUGACAUUUAUCACUGCUGGUGGAGAACUAAAAAAUUAAAUUGCCGACUGGGUUGAGCACUUGUGUGAUUGGUGGCUGUGUACCUUAUUUUCAGAUUACCUGUUCAAGAAUAGAAUUUUUCCUCAGUUGUUGUUCCUUAUAUUUGUUUCAGCUCUAUUCUUUUUGUAUCUCAAUCAGAUUCAAGGUCUUACAUUGUAUACUUUGAAAUUGUAAUGAUGUUUAAAAUAUAGUUUCUUCGUGAUUUUCUUA